UCCUUCCCUCAGGCACAGGACCACGCUCUGCUGUCCUAAACUUCACUCCCCAGGGUUUUACCUGGGCUCUCCCAUCACUCGCUCGUAAUUCCCCUUCUCAUCGAUCCCGUUAUUUGUAGCUGCUCAGUUUCUGGACGGUUCAGGGAGAGAAAAAAAAAACACCCACAAAAACCUCCCUGCGUGUCACUUGUUUACCAUCCCCUGGGUCAGCCAGGUAGCCCUGUGCUGGGGGAUAGAUGCUCUCAGGGUCCUUAGACCUGGAAGAGCUUUUGCCUGCGGGUUUCCCGUCCCCACGCAGACACGAGCGAGGCGUUCAGGCUUCGCGCUCCUUCCGUCAUCCUCUUCAGAUUGCAGAAAAGUGUGGUACUGGGACAGUCUUUUUGGUGGGAGGAUCUAAAUCGGCACAUUUCAAACGCUUGGGCAGAGAUUUGAAAGCAAAAAUGCGACCAAUGCGUAUUUUUGUGAACGACGACCGCCACGUGAUGGCCAAACAUUCGGCCGUUUACCCGACGCAGGAGGAGCUGGAGGCCGUUCAGAAUAUGGUGUCCCACACGGAGCGAGCGCUCAAGGCUGUGUCCGACUGGAUCGACGAGCAAGAAAAAGUCAGUGGGGAGCAGCCAGAAACAGAGUCCAUGGAGACAGCAGGCGAAGAGGAAAACAAGGAAGGAGGGGACCAGAAGGCCUCAGAGCAGCUGACCAGGACCCUGCGGGGCGUGAUGCGCGUGGGGCUUGUAGCCAAAGGCCUCUUGCUGAAGGGGGACUUGGAUCUUGAGCUGGUUCUUCUGUGCAAAGAUAAACCCACCACAGAGCUCCUGGAGAAAGUAGCUGACAAUCUCGGAGUACAGCUUGCUGCUAUUACUGAAGACAAAUACGAAAUAAUCCAGUCGGUGGGUGACGCCGCCAUUGUAAUUAAGAACACAAAAGAGCCGCCGUUGACGCUGACCAUCCACUUGACGUCGCCUGUAGUCAGAGAAGAAAUGGAGAAACAGUUAGCUGGAGAAACGCUAUCAGUCACCGACUCCCCGGACGUUCUGGACAGGCAGAAAUGCCUUGCUGCCUUGGCGUCACUGCGACACGCCAAGUGGUUCCAGGCCAGGGCUAACGGGCUGAAGUCGUGUGUCAUAGUGAUACGAGUGCUGCGAGACCUGUGUACUCGGGUUCCUACUUGGGCGCCUCUGAGAGGAUGGCCUCUCGAGCUGCUGUGUGAGAAAUCUAUCGGAACUGCCAACAGACCCAUGGGCGCUGGCGAGGCUCUGAGGAGAGUUCUCGAGUGCCUCGCCUCGGGGAUCGUGAUGCCAGAUGGUUCUGGUAUUUAUGAUCCUUGUGAAAAAGAAGCCACUGAUGCUAUUGGGCAUCUAGACAGACAACAAAGGGAAGAUAUCACACAGAGUGCUCAGCACGCUCUGAGACUUGCUGCUUUUGGCCAGCUUCACAAAGUCUUGGGGAUGGAUCCCCUACCCUCCAAAAUGCCCAAGAAACCAAAGAACGAAAACCCCAUUGACUAUACUGUCCAGAUUCCUCCCAGUACAACGUACGCUGUCACCCCAAUGAAGCGUCCAAUGGAGGAGGACGGAGAGGAGAAAUCUCCCAGCAAAAAGAAAAAGAAGAUUCAGAAAAAAGGUAUUGAGUUAACGAGAGAGGAAAAACUCGAACCUCCCCAGGCCAUGAAUGCACUGAUGAAACUAAACCAGCUCAAACCUGGCCUCCAGUACAAACUUGUCUCUCAGACUGGUCCCGUUCACGCUCCGAUCUUUACGAUGUCUGUGGAAAUUGAUGGCAGCACUUUUGAGGCAUCGGGACCUUCCAAAAAGACAGCCAAAUUGCACGUGGCAGUGAAGGUGUUACAAGAUAUGGGGUUGCCCACAGGAGUGGAAGGCAAAGAAUCUGGGAAAGGAGACGAAUCAGCAGAGGAAACAGAACAGAAACCAGUCGUUGUCGCUCCUCCUCCUGUAGUAGAAACUGUCUCGACGCCCACUGCUGCCUCCCCUCCUUCAGAUCAGACCCCAGAGAAUGUGAAACAACAGGGACCAAUUCUGACGAAGCACGGCAAGAAUCCCGUCAUGGAGCUGAACGAGAAGAGGCGUGGGCUGAAGUACGAGCUGAUUUCCGAAACGGGCGGCAGCCACGACAAGCGCUUCGUCAUGGAGGUGGAGGUUGACGGGCAGAAAUUCCAAGGAGCCGGUUCCAAUAAAAAGGUGGCAAAAGCCUACGCUGCUCUGGCUGCGCUGGAGAAGCUCUUCCCAGAUGCCCCCGUUGCCAUCGAGCAGAACAAGAAGAAGAGAGCCCCCGUGCCCGCAAGGGGGGGCCCCAAGUUUGCAGUAAAACAGCACAACCCGGGUUUUGGGAUGGGAGGCCCCAUGCACAACGAGGUGCCUCCUCCCCCCAACAUGCGUGGCCGUGGCAGAGGUGGCAACAUCCGAGGCCGGGGCAGAGGCCGGGGGGGCUUCGGUGGCAACCACGGUGGCUACAUGAAUGCAGGUGCUGGCUACGGAAGCUAUGGUUACGGAGGCAAUUCCGCGACAGCAGGCUAUAGUGACUUUUUCACAGACUGCUACGGCUAUCAUGAUUUUGGGUCUUCCUAGAUCAUCUAAAAGUAUUGCACAAAAAACAGCUUUUUACUCCAAUUUUCUCGAACUCCAAAACCCAAAGUGUUCGUGCCGUGUCCCCGUGCUUCACUGGGUUUCUCAACAGUGGCUUUUCACCGCAGCUUGUCUGAAACUCUCUUAGCCUGCAGAACUAAGACAGUGGCAGUUUUUAUUGUGAUUUGCCUUUGAACUUGGUUGUAUCGAUGUACACAACAGGGGGAACCAAUUAUCCGAGAAUGUUUUUGUGCACCUCGCACAAAUUUCCAAGCCAGCUCCGUUCAGCGUAAAGGCAAAAAGCCCAUCUUUGCUUUUUAUGGAAAGCAUUACUUUAUUUUUAAGAAACUGAAGUGUUUUAAUCGACCUUUGUCUUAAUUUACAGCAGGUUUUGUACAAAAUUUUGAGCCUUUUAAUAAAUCCCAGCAAUUGGGUACACGCCUCUCGAUAUUGGGAAGACUUUUCAACAUCUCUUGAACGUAGUACAGCCCAGCUUUUUAAGCAUGCAAAAUGUUGACUUGUACGUGGAAACCGUGUGUGCUAAAAAUUUUAAUCCUACAUCCUCUGUAACACGCUGGUGGAUUCCCGCUGAGGGGUGUGACUUGUCGUGGCUGGUAGCUAGUGUACUCACAAGGUAUUGUAAUCGUGCUUCCCAUCCUGCCACAAUAAACAUCCAGGCGUUAGGGGUUAGCGUGGACACGUUAGUGACCUCGGAAACGCACCGAUUCCGUCGUUAACGCGAAAUCCGCCUCCUCCUGAGCCACACAUAAAGGGCCAAAAGCACUUAACGGCCAAGCUGGAAAACGCUCGUCGCCCUAAAAGUACUUUUAAUCGCCUGGAGAAUUAAAUCUCACCGGAAUCGGGGGGGAAAAUUUCCCAAUUGGCCAGUCGAGACCCCGAGUCGCUGAAUUCCCGAGUGUUUGGUCCUUUGUUCUUGCUGCGGUGGUUGUUUUGCAAACUGUGUCGUGUUUUGUCGCUGGUUUUAGCCGCAAAGCUGCACCUCUGCCUUCAUUUAACUUGGGAGGCUCCACCACCUUUGAGUUAACUCGGUACUGAAACCAGCUAAAGGAAAACAAAAACCGUUGGCUGUGGAGCACCAGGUUGUGGGUUUUUUUUU